UGUUUUACGCCUUCAGAGGGAAACGUGGUGACGUGUGAAACGCCGCAGAGCUGCAGAAACACUCCGUUAACCUACAACUCAGCGAUCGUUAGUAACAUUAUUGUAAUUAUUGCUUUGUUACUUUUCUUUUUGGGAGUUUACAAGAUGGAAUACAACGGAAUAAACGAAAUGAAGUGAAGAAACUUUUAUUUCCGUGACAUAUAAAAGGCGUAAAUCCGGUAUUUUAGUGCGUUUCUAAUGCAGCACUUUUUUGCCGCUUGAAAUUUCGCCUCCAUGGAGAAAUCCAAGAACUUCCAUAUCGAGGCUCUGCUGAGAGAGCGCGUGCCGUGUGAGACUCCUCCCCCUGGUGCUUUCCCGGUGCCUGGUGCGCGCGCGGGUCCUUUCCCCGUGCCCUCCCGGUUUGUGUACUCGAGCGCUCCGCUGUUCCCCGCAGUGCCCGCGCUUCACUACAACGGAAUCCCGCACAUCAGCCCCGCAUAUGAACCGUGGAUCCGCACGAGCAUGCUUCUGCCGCGACUCCACCCAUACACAGCAUCUCCUCAGAUGGGGUUGAUGGGAAAAUGUCGGAGGCCACGCACAGCAUUCACCAGCCAGCAGCUGCUCGAGCUGGAGAACCAGUUUAAGCUCAACAAAUAUCUCUCACGGCCUAAACGCUUCGAAGUCGCCACAUCACUAAUGCUAACAGAGACACAGGUGAAGAUUUGGUUUCAAAAUCGCAGGAUGAAGUGGAAACGAAGUCGUAAAGCCAAGGAUCAACUGGGAGUGGCCCGAGAGCACAAAUCAAAUAAUGAGAAUCCAGUAUCUGUGAUAGGAGAGGAAGAAGAAGAGGUUGAUAGCAACAACCAGUUCAACAUGGACAUGCAACACUCUGACAUUUUACAGAAGGACACUGAUAACCGAUAUGCCUCGGAUGGCGAUGUGGAAGAAAUGAGAAAAAAGAGAGUAGGGUUAUAAGGAGGAGACAAUGAACUUAUCAGAAACAAAAAUGAGUCUGUUUUCUCAGAAAUAUGGAGGGUUUUUUUUUUUUUUUUUAGCAUCCUGGCUAAAACUACUGUGAAACAGUGAAGUACUGAACGUUUCAUGAACUGAUAUUAAUGUUACAUCAGUGUAUGGUGUACAGUGACCCCAAAUAUAUUUACACAUCAACAAAGCAAAAUUGCAACAGGAAAACCAAAAAAGACAGAAGCAAAUCAGAAAACAUCAAACAGCAAAUUUAGAAACACAAAACCAAAAACACAGCACCAAAUUCAGAAGAAAAAAAAAUCCAACAAAAUUUUAAAACACAUUAAUACCAAAAAUAAAUCAGCAGCAAAUUAGAAAACACAACAAACAUCAAAACACAAGCAAAGUCAGAAAUACAACAAGGUAAAUCUAAAAACACAAACCAGAAUGAAAAAUACACCACAGCAAAAGGAAAAACAGAAAAUUAUUAUAUAUUUAAAAAAAAAAUUCAAAAUCACAAAAUUCAGAAAUUACAAAAGAAAUUCAGAAACAUGACAAUAACUAAAAACAUAACAAUAAUAAUAAUAAAAAAACAUUAGCAAAUUUUAAAACACAAGAACUAACAAACUUCUCUGUAAAUCAGAUCAGUUUAAAAUAGCAAUACCAAUGUUGGGUGCUAAACUAAGGUUAGGCUAACUAAAAGCUACCUCUAAGAACUAGAUGCUCUGUCAUUUUCAUUUUUGUUAGCCAGCUAGCUAACUGUUAAUAUGCUGUAAAAACAUCAUGUCAGUCUAUGUGUGUUUUCUUUUUGCUGAACAAAAUUCACAAAUUUACAUUUUUCGUACAUUUCCAUUAUAUCUGUAAAGAUUUAGGCUUUCAUGUUAAUUUACUCAAGCAGACCUGUAGAAAUGCUACAUAAUAUGUGCUAAUGCUAAUGUUUAUACAGUUAGCAGCAGGUCUAGGAAAGCAUUCAAACUCUGAAAUGAAUCAAGGAACAUUUGAAGAAUUUGAUCAGAUAACAUUUAGCAGUGUUAGCUAUGUUUAUUUCAAACUUAUGAUUAAUUGAAAUGAUACAGCAAUUUGCAAAAUGUCAUGUUGAAAAUCUUUUUCAACCUGAUGUUGUUUACACGUGUUAAAGUCUAGUUUAUUGACUGUAAAAUAACCUGGAGGUCAAAAGAAACAAAAGUUGUAAAUAACAUGAAUAAAAAAUGAGUCAUUUUGCAAAACAUGGUGUAAGGACUCAUUUAUGUGGCCAUACACAAGUAUGAUUUAGUGUUAGCAAAAUUAGAGCUUGUGGUUUAGCUUGCAUACUAUCAUCCAAUAUCUACAUGUAAAGGUAGGACUCAAGCUGAAAAAAGGAUCAUUGUUUUAAUACCACAAAUUUUACUUAAAAAGUUUGAAACCCUAGA